GAGGCGUGUGUUAUUUCAUCAACCAUCACAACGCAAAAUAAUCAAGUAGAAGCUUUAAAAGAGAGAGAGAAAUGGCGACGUCAGGAACAUACGUGACGGAGGUUCCGUUGAAAGGAACAGCGGAGAAACACUACAAGAGGUGGAAGAGCGAGAACCAUGUCUUCCCUGACGCAAUCGGCCACCACAUCCAAAAUGUCACCGUUCACGAGGGCGAACAUGACUCCCAUGGUUCUAUCAGGAGCUGGAACUACACAUGGGAUGGAAAGGAAGAGAUGUUCAAGGAGAAGAGAGAGGUAGACGAUGAGAACUUAACGUUGACGUUAAGAGGACUUGAGGGUCACGUGAUGGAGCAACUCAAGGUGUAUGAUGUCAUCUACCAAUUUAUCCCAAAAACUGAGGAUACCUGCGCCUGCAAAAUCACCAUUGUGUGGGAGAAGCGCAACGAUGAUUCUCCUGAACCAAGCACCUACAUGAAAUUCGUCAAGAGCCUGGUCGCAGACAUGGACCACCACGUCAACAAAGCUUAAUCAUUAUAACCAUCACCACCAUCAUCAUCAACAUCGCACCAUCACCAUCAUCACUGUCUCUACUUACUUAUUGAGGUGUUUAUCAAUAUAAUAAAGGGCGUCUUGUACGUGGAGUUUAAUUUUAUGUAAUUGUCUGGUUCCGUAAGAUGGUUUGAUAUGUUGUCAUGGUCAUCAUCGAGUUCGAUGUAAUGAUUCUUACGAAUAA